AUGAAGGCGUUCAUUUUUGUUAGCGCUCUGCUUGUUUGCUGUGCCCUAGCCGCGGAUUCCAACGCGAAGGAGGGCAAAAAACAGGAGAAACGAGGAUUGUCGGAUUUAGGAAACUACGAAGGACAUGGACACAAUCAUUACACCGAGAACGUGAAGGGUGUGAUUGUGGAAAAGAAGAUACCUGUUCCAUACACGGUUGAGAAACACGUGCCUUACACUGUGGAAAAUAGAGUACCAUACGAGGUUAAAGUACCGGUACCACAACCUUACACCGUUGAGAAGAAAGUGCCUUACACUGUUAAGGAAUACAUCAAAGUACCUUACUACGUUCCACAACCUUACGAAGUUGUCAAGCAGAUACCUUAUGAAGUUCAAGUACCAGUACCAAGGCCGUACGAAGUCAAAGUUCACGUACCAAAACCGUACACCGUCGAAAAGAAGGUACCUUAUCCAGUGCAAGUUCUAGUACCACAACCGUACACCGUCGAGAAGAAAGUACCAUACACUGUAAAGGUCGAAAUACCAGUACCACAACCAUACACCGUUGAGAAGAAAAUCCCUUACGAGGUGAAAGUACCAGUCUACAAACCAUACACCGUUCACGUUCCAAAGGCUUACCACGUAACUGUAGAGAAGCACGUCCCAUACGCAGUUGAGAAACCAGUACCAUACGAAGUUAAAGUACCAGUCGAUAAACCAUACCCAGUCGAAGUACCGAAAGCCGUUCCAUACACUGUCAAAGUACCAGUGCCGGCCCCGUACACCGUCGAAAAGAAUGUACCUGUAGAGGUGGAGAAGCCAAUCCCUUACGAAGUCAAAGUACCAGUCGAUAGGCCUUACCCAGUCUACAAGGAAGUACCGUAUCCAGUAGAAAAAGAAGUACCAUACCCAGUUCAUGUACCAGUAAAGCAGCAAGAAUACCAACAUCAAUACAAGUGGUAG